CUGCCAAGUUCAGUGUGUACGUGAGGAAGUGAAUUUGUGGUAAAUCUCCUGGCAUUUUCGCAUUUUCUCUGUGAGAUACCAUGUCCGACCAGGAGGAACUGAUAUCCCACUUCAAGGAUGUGACUGGGGUGUCGGAGGAGCAGGCUCGCUUCCAUCUGGAGGCCGCCAAUUGGACGCUACAGAUCGCCCUCACCAGCUACUACGAGGGUGAUCACGACAAUGCGGGUGAGGCUGGCGAUGCUGUCCAGGUGAUACAGGACAGUGAUGAUGAGAAUGAAGCGGCUGGAGGAGCGUCAAGUCAACAGCCGGACUCGAAUCUGAAGAAAGACAAGAAGCCCAAGAAGAAGCCCUCAUCAAACAUAAUGACGCUGAGGUCGAUGUCCUCUUCGGACGAGGACGACGAGCAGGGCCAGGCGUUCUACGCUGGCGGAUCAGAUCGCUCGGGACAGCAGGUUCUGGGGCCCCCGAAGCGCAAUCCCAUCAAGGACUACGUCUCAGAGGUGUUCCGGUCGGCCCAGGAGAGCGGCGCCGAAGUCGUGGAUCCGCAGACGUCGCAGUCGAGCGGUCCGGAGAUGUUUUCCGGCACGGGCUAUCGCCUGGGCAUGACAAAUGACGAUCACACAGCUCUGCCCACGGGACGACCCAGUCGCCCGCAGAACAUUGAGCCGCUGGUGCUGAAGCUCUGGCGCGAGGGCUUCUCCAUCAACGACGGCGAGUUGCGACUGUACGAGGAUCCCGCCAACAAGGAGUUCAUGAACAGCAUGACGCGCGGCGAGAUCCCCAACGAGCUGAAGAAGCUGGGCGGCACGACGGUGCACGUGAAUCUCGAGGAUCACCGCCACGAGGAGUUCAAGAAGCCGAAGAAGCGCGUGACCGUGUUCAGCGGUCAGGGACACACGCUGGGCAGUCCGGCGCCCAACAUGGCCGAGACGUCGAUGGACUCCGCCAGCUCCACGAGCGGCCCCAGCAACGAGGCGUCGCAGGAGGAGAACGAGAGACGUGCGACUGAGGACUUGAACGUGGACGCCAGUCAGCCGACGACGAUGAUCCAGGUGCGCCUCGCUGACGGCACGCGUCUGGCCACGAGGUUCAAUCACAGCAACACCGUCGGCGACAUCAGGCGCUACAUCAUCGCCGCCCGGCCGCAGUACGCGCACCAGGAGUUCUCGCUGCUCACGACAUUCCCCAGCAAGGAGUUGAGCGACUCCGGCGCCACCAUCGAAGGCGCCGGACUCCUGAGCGCGGCCAUUCUGCAGCGUCUCAAGUGAAUUCUCGGGGGCUUUUGGAUUUUUGAUUUUGCGCGAUCGCAUAUUGUAAUUCAGUGAGAGAUAUAAAUACAAAAAAAAGAGGAACAACUUAAAGGAUAAUCACACUCGCUAUAUAUCGUCUAAGUUAAAUACUAGAUUCGCUGCUUAUGAGUCUAAAGU